GCAGCCAAGAUGUCUGCUAGGAUUCUUGUAACGUUGCUGGCUGUGUCCUGCGCUGUGUCUGCUCAGUCAGACGUGGAGCUCAAGGCGAAGGAGUUUCUGCAGAGGUUCGACGAGGAGGCCACGGCGCGUAUGUACCAGUACUCUCUGGCAUCAUGGGCCUACAACACCAACAUCACAAAGGAGAACUCAGACAAACUGUCAGAGCAGGGGCAAAUUUGGGGCAAUUUCUACACCCAGAUGUCAGAAGAGUCCCUGAAAUUCCCCGUCGACCAGAUCAAGAAUCCAGAAAUCAAAUUACAGCUCAUCUCCUUGCAAGACAAAGGCUCUGGUGCUCUAUCCCAGGAUAAGGCUGCACAUCUGAGCAAGAUCAUGAGCGAGAUGAGUACAAUCUACAGCACAGCAACAGUGUGUCUGAUUGACGACCCCCUUAACUGCCAGACUUUGGAGCCAGGCCUGGAACACGUGAUGUUCAACAGCCGAAACUACUCCGAGCGUCUGCAUGUGUGGGAGGGCUGGAGGAGAGAGGUGGGGAAGAGAAUGAGGCCUCUGUACGAAGAUUACGUGGAUCUGAAGAAUGAAGCUGCCAAACUAAACGGUUUUGAAGACUACGGUGCUUACUGGAGAUAUAACUAUGAGACCCUUGAGGAUGACAUUCGGUACAAGUACACCAGAGAUGAGCUGAUGGAUGAUGUCCGUUCAGUUUACAAAGAGAUCCUGCCAUUGUACAAGGAGCUGCAUGCCUAUGUGAGGGCCAGACUUAUAGAGGUCUACCCAGGACACAUUGAUUCGAAGGGACCUCUGCCGGCCCACCUGCUGGGUGACAUGUGGGGGAGAUUCUGGACCAACCUGUACUCUCUGUCCGUCCCCUACCCUGACAAACCAGAUAUUGAUGUCAGCAAAACUAUGGUGGCAAAGGGUUGGACUGAGCGUAGGCUUUUCGAAGAAGCAGAGAAGUUCUUCAUGUCUGUGGGCCUGUACAAGAUGUUUGACAACUUCUGGAAUGACUCCAUGCUGGUGAAGCCUGAGGAUGGACGCAAGGUUGUCUGUCACCCCACAGCCUGGGACAUGGGAAACAGAGAGGACUUUAGGAUCAAAAUGUGCACCAAGGUCAACAUGGACGACUUCCUCACGGUGCACCAUGAGAUGGGUCACAACCAGUACCAGAUGGCUUAUCGCAACCUGUCCUACCUCCUGAGGGACGGAGCCAACGAGGGUUUCCACGAGGGUGUGGGAGAAAUCAUGUCACUCUCUGCUGCAACGCCCAAACACCUGAAGAGCCUGGAUCUCCUGCCUGCUGACUUCCUCUAUGAUAACGAAACGGAGAUCAACUUCCUGCUGAAACAGGCGCUCACCAUCGUGGCCACACUGCCAUUCACCUACAUGCUGGACGAAUGGAGGUGGCAGGUGUUUGCAGGGAACAUCUCCAAGGACGAAUGGAUGAAGCGCUGGUGGGAGAUGAAGAGGGAGUUAGUAGGCGUGGUGGAGCCAGUGCCAAGAGAUGAGACUUACUGUGACCCGCCCGCUCUGUUCCACGUAUCCGGAGACUAUUCUUUCAUCAGGUACUUCACGAGAACCAUCUACCAGUUUCAGUUCCAAAAAGCGCUCUGCAAGGCGUCUGGCCACACAGACGCCUUGUCUACAUGUGACAUUACAGGUUCUACAGCAGCAGGAACCAAGCUGAGGAAUAUGUUAGAGCUGGGACGGUCCCAGUCAUGGACCAGGGCUUUGGAAACGAUAUCCGGUGACACUAAGAUGGACGCCCGCCCCCUGUUGGACUAUUUUCAAAAACUUCAUGACUGGCUGAAGGUGGAGAACAAGAAACACAACAGGGUGGUAGGCUGGGAGACAGCAAUAGAUCCAUAUUCAGAGUAUGCCACUAAAGUGAGAGUCAGUCUGAAGGCUGCCUUGGGCGAUAACGCUUAUGCCUGGAAUACCAACGAGCUGUAUCUGUUCAAGGCCAACAUUGCGUACGCUCUGAGGCAGUACUACAUGCAAAAGAACGAGAGCCUUCCUUUCACAGCAGAGAACAUCCUCACAUAUAAAGAGACUCCCAGAAUCUCCUUCUACUUUGUGGUCACCAACCCAGCAAAUCCCUCAACAUAUAUCCCAAAGACUGAUGUGCAGGCUGCCGUCAGGUUAUCUCGAGGCCGAAUCAACGACGCCUUCCAGUUGGAUGACUUGACGCUGGAAUUCUUGGGUAUCCCAGCAACACUGGCCCCUCCCGUGGAGCAGCCGGUGGAGGUGUGGCUCGUGGUGUUUGGAGUGGUCAUGGGAAUCGUGGUGCUAAUGGGCAUCUACCUCGUCGUGUCUGGUGUCAGAGAGCGCAAGAUGAAAUCUGCGAAGACAGGCAUGGAGAAUCCCUACGAUGCAUCCGUUGAAGCACAAACUAACAAAGCCUUUGAGGACAGUGAUGACGAACAAACUGGAUUCUAAUUCAGCGAAGCACAGAAGAAAGGUGUUCUCGUACAGUAGGCUCAUAGUCACUGUCCAAGAAUAAGAAAGCGAAAAUUCUUGAUCUGAUAAAGCCUUUCCCUCUUCCACCGGUGCUGCAUGGCCUCUCAUCAAACAUCAACAUCUCUUAUUGUGUAUAUGUGUAAAGGUUUUAGUUUGUCUCUCAUCGUUAUAGUAUAGUGAAUGCCCCUGUAAAAAAGUGCACUUGGUAUACCUCCAUGUGAAUGCACUUAAAGUGCGCAACUUUGAUAUACUAUAUUUGUGGUAUAAUAAGAAGUACAGCUUAACAUAUACUUCACUACACUUAAGUUUAUUUUACUAUUCUAGUUUGAAAUACCAUUAAGUGCAAUUAAUCAUACUUUUUU